AUGUUCGGCGUCAACUGGUGGGGGUUAGUCCUGCCAUUUGCCUAUCUGGCUGUUCUCGUCGGAUCCUUGAUCACAUUCUCGUCCAUGUAUCGAAAACGAAUAGCUGCCAAGUCUGCCAAUCUUGCUCCAUGGUUUCCGCCACAUCUCCAGCGAAAUAUCUACCUAUCGCUUCUUCAUUUGGAACCCGGAGAAGGCAAGGAGAAAUCCCCAGCUGUGUCGGAUAGUAUCUUGCGCGCAGCCCUAUUACGGAGAGCAGUGGAGGAUAUUCGAAGGAUUAUUGAGGUGCGGACGGCGAAGCAAGCAUGCAGUACUCUGUUACAAAGAGGUAGUAUUGGGGAUGAUUUAUGGCAGCGAUUUUUGCGAGCGGAGAAAGAGAUGGAGGAAGAGCUUAGAGACGUCGUCAUGGAGGCAAAUGCGCUCGCGCCAAACUGGGGUCAGACCAUUUUCCAAUCCGCAAACGAAAUCGCUGCCGGUACGACGUUCCGAACCCGUUUGGAUGAAAUUCAAGCUCAAACCGACUCGGAAAAAGCAUGGUGGGAAAAGCGGCGGGCUUCAAUUCAGUCAGAAUUUAUGAAGGAGAUUGACACUGAAGCCAACUCAACGGGAAAAGCCAGUAAAGUUGUCAGUGAUGAGGAUGCUGUCUUGGUAGAGACAGCAAACAAUACCGGAAGCUUAAGGAAGAAAAAGGCAAAAAAGUGA